GGCGAAGGCGGAGGGGCUGGGAGGGGCGGAUGCGGGCGGUGGCGGACCCGGUCCCGGUGUCGCGGAAGGAGCCGGGCACGGCGAUUUGAGCCCUCGAGCGGAGGCCGGCGGCAGCCAGGAUGGAGGGCGGCAGUGCCCCGCGAAGGACCAGCGGCUGAGCGGGGGCUUCUGCCCGCGGGUGGAGAGCAGGAGGUGUGCUUGAGGACGGGAGAAAACCAGUAUCACUCCAGUUUUGAAAAAGGGCAAGAAGAGUGACCUAGGAAGCUACAGGCCCGCCAGCCUCACCUCCAGCCUUGGAAAGAUUGUGGAGGAACAGCUCAUCCUGGAUGUCAUCUUUCUGAUCUUGCAUUCUUAAACAAGCUUUGCCGUGUGACAGCAGUGAACAUUCAAUAAUGAGUGGUGCAGCUUUGGGCCUUGAGAUAGUAUUUGUCUUUUUUCUGGCCUUAUUCCUACUUCAUCGAUAUGGAGACUUCAAAAAACAGCAUAGGCUGGUGAUCAUAGCAACAUUAUUGGCUUGGUAUCUCUGCUUUCUUAUUGUUUUUAUAUUGCCUCUGGAUGUCAGCACGACUAUAUAUAAUCGGUGCAAACUUGCUGUUAACUCCAGCCCUGCGGAAAGUAAUGGCUCUUACGUAACUCUUGCUCCAAGCAAGCAAAAAUGUUUCAAACCAUGGAGUUAUAUUCCUAAUGGAAUUAUGCCAAUUUUCUGGCGCGUUGUAUAUUGGACAUCACAGUUUUUAACAUGGAUUCUGCUGCCUUUCAUGCAAUCAUAUGCUAGAUCGGGAGGGUUCUCCAUUACAGGAAAGAUUAAAACUGCAUUGAUUGAGAAUGCAAUCUACUAUGGCACUUACUUGCUGAUUUUUGGGGCAUUUUUAAUAUAUGUGGCUGUAAACCCGAACUUCAAUUUACAAUGGAGUCAACUGCAGACUAUCGGAAUAGCUGCUGCAAACACGUGGGGUCUCUUUCUUCUUGUGUUGCUCUUGGGUUAUGGUUUGGUGGAAAUACCCCGUUCUCACUGGAAUGGGGCAAAGAGGGGUUAUCUACUCAUGAAGACUUAUUUCAAAGCUGCCAAACUGAUGACUGAAAAAGCAGAUGCAGAGGAGAAUUUAGAGGAUAUUAUGGAGGAAGUCCGUAAAGUAAGUGAGAGUAUCAAGUAUAACCACCCUUUGAGAAAAUGUGUUGAUACAAUACUGAAGAAGUGUCCUACUGAGUACCAGGAAAGAAUGGGUAGGAACAUGGACGAUUAUGAGGAUUUUGAUGAAAGACAGAACAGUUAUCCAAGUGAAAAAAGUUUGGUCAAACUUCACAAGCAGGUUAUCUAUUCAGUACAGAGGCAUCGUCGUACACAGGUCCAGUGGCAAAUUCUUUUAGAACAAGCAUUUUACCUAGAAGAUGUGGCAAAAAAUGAAAGCAGUGCAACGAGACAGUUUGUUCAUACCUUUCAUUCCCAGGAACCAGAGAAUAAAAUUAUUCAAUAUUUCUACACACCAACUGUUGAGUGGUACUGGGAGUGUCUUCUACGACCAUGGUUUUACAGGGUGCUUGCAGUCGUUCUAGCCACGUUCUCUGUAAUUGUUGUGUGGUCAGAGUGCACAUUUUUCAGCACAAAGCCAGUUUUAUCGCUAUUUGCAGUUUUCAUACAGCUGGCAGAAAAGACUUAUAACUAUAUAUACAUAGAGAUGGCCUGUUUCCUUACCAUCUUUUUCCUAAGCAUCUGUGUUUACUCUACUGUCUUCAGGAUCCGUGUAUUUAACUAUUAUUACUUAGCUUCACAUCAUCAGACAGAUGCCUACAGUCUCCUUUUCAGUGGCAUGUUAUUUUGCCGUCUUACUCCACCAUUAUGCUUGAACUUUUUGGGUUUGACCCAUAUGGAUGCAACAAUCUCUCACAAAAAUACUCAGCCAACUGCUUAUACAUCUAUAAUGGGAUCUAUGAGAGUGCUGUCCUUCAUUGCAGAUGGAUUCUAUAUAUACUACCCAAUGCUUGUUGUCAUUCUCUGUAUUGCCACAUACUUUAGCUUAGGAACACGUUGCCUGAAUCUUUUGGGAUUCCAGCAGUUCAUGGGGGAUAGUGAAAUGACCUCUGAUUUGAUUGAUGAAGGAAAAGAGCUAAUCAGAAGAGAGAAGAGAAAACGACAAAGGCAAGAAGAAGGUGAAAACAGAAGAAGGGAAUGGAAGGAGCGGUAUGGAAAUAGAGAUGAUUCCACUAGAAACAGAGCUGUCCACACAGACCAAAAAGAAUCCAGCUUCUCGGAGACGAAUACCAAUAGACCAUUAUCAAAGUAUACCCGAUCAAAUGGUAGGAAUGAAAGAGACAGAAUAGAACUCCUCCAGGAUGCAGAACCUUUGGAUUUUAAUGCAGACUCAAUUAAUGAUGACCCUUUUGAAUCAGACUCAGGAAGGUACCAACCUGGUGGGAGAUACUUGUCAAUGUCUCGAAGCAAAAUAUUUGAUGAUGUCUAAACUCUGCAAAGCUGAAGAAAAUUCAGUGGAAAUCUAUUCCUUACUCAUUGUUUGGAAAAUACUGUAUUUAUGAUAUAUCACUGAAACAGAAAAGACCAUUUUUGUUUAAAAAAAGAAUAUGAAGGAACAACUGUUCGGAAAUGCAUCUAUAUGAUAACUACUACUUGUGACAAGAAUAUAAUUCUUCUGCUGUAGAUAUUGUUGUGCAUCGGUGUGGACUUCUGUGUCAUGACCAAAAGGGGAUAACUAUUAAUUAAGUUAAUAGAGAGUAAACUUCAUAAAUAUACUUAGAGCUCAUGUUGAACUGUAGCAAUGUAAGUUUUAGGAAGAGGAUUUUUUUGAAGGAAUUUUUUUGUAUUUAACAGGUGCUGUGAGAGCAUCUUAAUGCAUCCAAAGUGCAGUUAUAUCAGUUACUGUAGAAAAACUUUCCAUAAUUUUUCUAUUUGAACUUUAUGCCUAAUUCAAAAUCUGCUAAAUUAAGUUAAAGCUACUUUUGGCUUCAGUGGUCUUUGAAUCAGACCUGUAUAAGCAGAAAGAUUGCAUGGUAGGCUAUUCUUCAUAAAAUUUGGUGGCAUAAAUUUUGGAGCAAAAUGUAUUGGUCAAGAAAGGCUUUUUUUUUUUUUUUUCAAAUAUUAUAUGCAGAUAAAUUAUUUCAGCAUGUGUAUAUAGUUGAAAUUGAAUGUGGACCUGAGUUUCACUGUCAUACGAGCUUAUGUGCAAUAGCAAGAAUACAUUAUCAAAGAUACAGUGUCUGCUUAAGAUUUUUACAGUUGUAAGGGUUUUAAAUCCUGGCACAUUAAUAGUUCUGUAACAGUAAAAGAAACAUAAUGUGAAAAUUGAGGUAAAUGCUGAAAUAUUAUAAUUUGCACACACCUCAGGCACGGCUUCAAACUGUAGACUAUUUCUUUAAAAGAAGGGAAAUACAUAGCAUGACUAGAUAACGAAACACUUAAUGUCCCAGAUGCCCUGAUUGCAUUAUAUAUCUAUUUUUAAGGUGCCUGUAUUUUGCAGUAAGUUGUUGCAAAAAGAAUAGUACUUAUUCAUUUGAAUGCCAUUCAGAAAUGCCAAUUUUUAACAGUGUAAAAAAGCUUCACAUUAAUUUCAUUAGUGUAGAUAUAUUUUCAAACUGUAGCUAGUUGAGUGAGUUCUUAGACGUAAUCAUAAGGUAAAAGAUGUGGUCACAUUCAUGAUAUGUUUGAAAAUUUGAUUAAUUUAAAAUGUUACUUUAUUGUAGUCUCUAUUAAGUCUUCACCACUUGGAAGUUUUUGUUAUGUGCUUAUUGCAAAGUUAUGUUGAAAACUGAAAGAGAACAGGUCCCUUCCAACCUUAACUGUUCCAUGAUUCUGUGAUCUUUAUAUAAUAAAGUCUUUACCAUUCAUAAAGAACAGACAUCCCUUGAAGCAGCUAGGAAUGGGUUACUCUAAAAAGUAAAUUUUCAUGAAUGGGGUGUUCUACUAAUUUUUUAGCAUAGUCUUUUUAUUUUUUUUUGAAGUAAUUGUUAAUGGGGAUCUAAUUCUACCUCCUGUGAUUUAGUACAUUGUGUAUUCUAACAGUAGUUGUAUUUUUAAUAUAUUGAUCUGCCUGCUUUAAAAAUGAAUUGUUACUCUGAAGGAGAGAAAAUACUCUAUUUGUAUAGAAAUAAUUAUAUUAAUAAAUUGACAGACAUAAAAUUAUUGUCGGUUCUGUUCUUAGGUGAAUACAUUGAACCGUAGCCAUGCCCACAUGUAUUCAAGCUCAUGCAAUUUCCAGAUUACCUGUGAGAAGGCACGUUUUUACUUUGGGUAUUAUGUGUAUUGUAAUAGCUUGAUCAAAAUCUUAUGGCUGUAUUAAGAACUGGAAGUUGAGAAAAUGAGACGCUCAUUGUUCCAGUAGUUCUUUAGCAACUUUAUGUUAGCAUCUAUUUAAUUUAUUUUAGAUUACUUAGAAAUGCUGUCCUGAAUUCAGCCUUGUAUGAAAGAGGUUCUGUAUGUUCUUGGACAUAUUCAUCAAUGCGAAUGUUCUUAGACUUAAUAUUUCUAUUUGUAAAAUUUUUAUCUCAUUUAUUUGGCCAAAUUUGUAAAUAUCUUUGGAUUAAAUAAGGUUUGAGAUCUUUGUUUAACUCAUGAAAUGUCACUGCAAAGGGAUCUAAUUCAGUGCUAAUGGAAAAACUAUAGAAGGAAAGUUUGUUUUUCUGAAUGCUUGUGAAGUAUCCUUACGCAGCCCCUGCUGACUUCAGAGAGUUGGAUUAAGCCUUCUUGGGGCCUGUUUUUUCACCUCAGAAACCAGUGGAAUGGCUGCAAAAUGAAGUUUUCAGUGGAAACUUGGUCAGAAUUUUAAACUGAAAAGCUAUCUAGUGCCUGGCAUAAGCCCUCUGUGCAGCUUUCAUUGGGAUACAGUAAUUUGAGGUGUUGACUGUAGAGAUUAGUGGCUUUCAGUUGCUAGCAUGCAAAAUCUGAGCUCAUUGAAGUGGGAAUCCACUGAUCUUGAACUUGCAGUGAAGUAAUGGAGUAACCAAUGGCUAAUUUUUGAAAGCAUAGGAAUCAGAGAUCUGAAAAUUGCUCAAGAGUUUUCCUCUGGAUUGUGCUUAGAGAUGCCAGGUGUCCUGUGCUGCCUGUAUGGUGGGUGUUUAUGUGAGUAAGUGAUAAUUGAACUCAUGUUUCAUCCAUGGUGUUCCUUGCUGAUCAACAGUUACUCUUGCUCUAAGUAUGUGCAAUUUGAAGGCCAAUUAAUCUAAAGUGUGCUUUGAAAAGUGAUUAUGAGUUCAUAAGGCUAAGUCUGAAGGCCUUUCAACAAAGAAAUGUAGAGUACAGCUGUAAAAGAACAUUGUAGCAAUAAGGGAUAUGCUCGCCCAGUAUUUGUUGUGUACUUAAGCUAGUUUUACACUAGUUUGGUUACUGCUACUAAAAGUGAUGCAGAACUUGCCUGGUGGCUCCAUGCCUAAGGGUGUACCCUAUGCCAGAGAUGUUGUAGAUGCUCCAUCCUUGGAAACAUUCAAGGUGCGGUUGGAUGGGGCUCUGAGCUGCCUGAUGUAGUUGAAGACAUCCCUGCUUAAUGCAGAAGGGUUGGACUAGAUGUCCUUUACAGGUCUCUUCCAACACAAACUGUCUAUGAUUCACAGCCAGAUUGUGGUAACUCUUGAUGAGUUCUUUGCUGCUAUAGCUCUAGUCUUACAGCUAGAAGUUAAAACAAGCUUUGAUAUGUUUAGGCAGUGACUGUACUGUAGGCUGAUGGGGUUCUUACAUCAGAUUUGGUGCUCCCAAUGAGAUGAUUUAAAAUAUAACUGCCUUGCAAACUGUGCUUUUGGGAGCUGAAUGUUGGUGUAUUUGUUCUGUCAGUAUAUUGUCAUGCUUAUAUGCAGCUAAAGAAUGUAAAUUGUGAAUUUCUGUAUUAUUUCACUUUCUAAAUUACUGAGCAGUUAAGGUAUACUUCCAUCUCACCAUCAUUUCUGCAGUUUCCUCUUCAGCUGUGAACACCAGAAAAAAAAAAAAAAGACAAAACAAAAGUUUGAAAUCUUCAUAUCAAAGAUUAGAACCAAUGAAAAGAAUCCAUGCUAGUUGUAAUGAACUUUAGGAGUGAAAACAGUAACUACUUUAAUACUGUAUCAGUGGUGGAUUUCUUAAGAAGUAUGGAUAACAAAAAGCUCCGGUCGAACUUACUACUCCUACUAGAUUUGUAGUACUGUUUUUUGCAGGUGUUUAAAAAUAUGUGUAUUCUGAUAUCCAUAUUGGGAAAUCAUAGAUUCAUGGAUCCUCUGUGCUCUAGGAGAAGUGCAGCUCUUAGCUGUGAAAUAAAGUUAGGGAGUCUUCUUAUGAGGGAAGGUGCAACUUCUAGUCUGUGCUAGUAGUGACACUUUGGGCAAACUGUGAUAUAUUUUAUUAUUUCUAACAUGUUAAGUAACAUCAAACUUUUACUACUGUAGCUUACACUACUGGAAAAAUUGUGGUAUAUAUUUUGCCUUUAUUUUGCAGUCAAGCACUUUCUAAAAUAAAUUGUGCUUAACAGUAUUAAUGGGGAUAGUGGAAGGCUGCGAUCUUUUUAACAUUUAUUCUUUCUAUCUAAAAACAUGACAAUGAUUUUUACAAAUGAAAUAUUAAAAGAUUGAUUAUUUGGAUUUUCUGUAAUUAUAAUAAUUUGUAUUUUAUUAAAUUUAUCUUGGAAUACUGUAAAUGUUAUGUGAAAAAUGCGGUAUUUUGUUCCAGUUUUUGUUAUUGCUGUAAUUACUUGCAAUCUGAGUUACUUGAAAUCUUUUGCAUUUCCAAUACCAAACAGAGAUCACUUUAUGAAGGAAAACUUUUUAUGAGCAAUCUUAAAGAAAUCUGACCUAUUGAUUCAUCUUAAUUAUUAACAAACAACACUACUUAGGGUUUCUCCUAGUUUUAAAUUUUUCUUUAAAAUUCAGAAAAUGUUUAUUUUUUUCAGAGCAGCUUAUUUGUGAGUCUUGUAAACUUUCUGAAACUUUGACAUUCCUUUUCUCUAGUGGACUCUACAGGAAUAUGCACUGCUUGAUGGCAGUUCUCUAAUACUAGCUGUCCCUCUAAUGAAGCAGUCUAAUCUGAACCUGGGACACUCCUAUACUAUUUGAUUAUGUUAACAGAAACCCAGCAUUCCUAGCAAAAAAAAAAAAAAAAGCACCUUGAACUAGAUCCCUUUGUAAUACAUUAAUUACUGUCGUUUAUUAUGUUGCUUUAUAUUUGGUAGUCAUACGGUAAUCCCAGUCUGAUAGUCUGAUUUAUUUUUUUGUUUCUAUUAAAAUGCACUGGAAUGUGUUCCUGAGCAUGCUUUUAUGCGUGUGUGCUUUCAUUGUAACUGGGAGGCAAUAAUAAUAUGCAACUUAAGUUAUUCCUUCAGGAUACUGUUGUUAUAUUUGACAUAUCCCUAUGAAUUAUAAUAGUUUGUAGCUUAUCUAUCACUGCAGAAAUUAAUUAGGGUUAGGGUCUAUUAGGGUUAGGUGUUAGGGGUUAAGGUGAGGGUCCAUUAGGGUUAGAGUUGGGGUUAGGGUUAGGAGUUAGGGUUACAGUUUGGGUUGUGGUUGUCCAGCCCAGAGAAGAGAAGGCUCCAAGGACAGCUUAGAGCAGCCUUCGCGUACAGAAAACUACAGAAAUGGGCUCCAGGAAAGCUGGGAAUGGGCCCUUGAUCAGGGAGUGCAGGGACAGGAUGAGAGAGACCAGUUUUCGGCUAAAAGAGUGGAUAUUGUGGUGGGAUCUUAGAAAGAAAUGUUUCCUGUGAGGGUGGGGAGGCACUGGCCGGGGUGUCCAGGACAAUCGUGGCUGCCCCAUCCCUGGUGGUAUUGAGAAGGCUAGCUUGGACGGGACUUGGAACAACCUUAUCCGAUGAAAGAUGUCCCUGCUGGUGGUGGUGGUGGGAACUGAAUGGGUUUACAACCCAACCCAAACCAUUCCCUGAUUCCAUGAACAUCCCUCUGAGCAGUCUGGGCAGGCGCUUCUGGUCUUGUUGGGAAGAAGACAGUUCUACAGUGAACUUCUCGUGCUGUCUGCUCCUGGAACCUCUACCCUGACUUUUAAUGUUAUGCUUCACUUUGAGCUGCCAAACGAAGAUUCAGAAUUCUUGCUUUUGUUUCUUGUCCCUAGCCAAAUUUUUCCCUGCAAAUUCAUUUUGCCUUUAUCGAUAUGGAAAAUAAAAGUGGAUCUCCUGAUGGCUUUGAGUGUAGGAUUGAUGAUGUCCUUGAAGUUCAAAUCCAGUUCUCUGUUAUCAGUUCCUUGGUUUUAGGGGCUUCAAGGACUGCGAGGAAGCUGAGAGAAGAGAGCUCCCUCUCCUCCUCAAAUCCAACCCUUCGCAGCCCCUGGAAUUUGGAGAUCAGCGUUUCCCUUGUGUCAGGCCACUGUGCUCCGUGCCAGACUAGAGUGCCCGGUGCCCAGAGAAGUGGUGGGUGUUCCAUCCCUGCAGGUGUUCCAGGCCAGGUUGGAUGGGGCUUGGAGCACCCUGAUCCAGUGGGAAGUGUCCCUACCCAUGGCAGGGCAUGGAACUGGAUGGGAUUUGAGGUCCUUUCCAUUCAGUAACACUCCAUGAUUCUACAAAAUUUGGGAGGAUUUGAGGUGAAAGUCAAGCUUUUGGGGAGUUUGGAGAGAGUUGUGAGAUUUUGGGUGAAAAAUCGCAUUUUUGUUGUGAGGGGAUUUGAAAUAAAAGACAUGUUUUGGGGAUGUUUGUGAGCGGCUUUGAGGUGGAAGUCAUGUUUUGGGAGAGUUUGAGGUGAAAGUCAUGCUUUUGGGGAGUUUGAGGAGCCCACUUCAAGGGCUUAAUCCCUCCACAAAGGCAUUAAUUGCCUCCUCCAACAUUGUUACUGUCCCCAAAAGGGAGUUAAUUCCCCCUCCAAGAGGGCUGAUGCACCCUAAAUGGAUUUUUUCCUUCUCAAAAUGUUUUAAUUCCCCCUCCAAUGGUGUUAAUCCCUUCUCGAGGAAGCUAAAUUCCUCCUCUAAGCAGGUUAAUUCCUCCUCCAAAUGGGAUAAUUCCCCCUUCAGGGUGUUAAUUCCUCCCGAGGGAUGCUAAAUCCCUUCUCUAAGGGGCUCAAUCCCUCCCCAAGAAUACUCAAUCUCCUCUCCAAUGAGCUCAGUCACCCCUCCAAUGAUAAUUCCCCCUCAAGCAUGCUCAAUCUCUCUCUAAGUUUUUUUAUUCUAGAAGAUAUGAGUAUUCAUUUGUAAGCAUAUUUUUAGUAAUAAAAGAUCUUUAUGCAGCAGUGUGUAUCAAGGAUAGGCUGUAGGAGUGCUGCUUAUGGAUAGACUAUGUUCUUUUGCCUUAUGAUACAAGCAUGUAUGAACAAUACCUUGUUUUGAAAUUCACCGAGUUAUAAAGUUUUCUCUGUAGUAUUCUAAAUUAUUGUUGUACUGGAUAUAUUUUAAAAAUAUUUGUUAAAUAUCUAGUCAAAGACCUAAGUUGGCAUGAAAUAAAUAAUUUCUGCAAUACAUUUUCCCUGUUUUAUUUUAGAUAUUCAUGUUUCUCUGAAGUGUUUUUCAUAGCGAUCUUCUGGAGAAAUUUGAUCCCUUUCUUUUUUCCAGGUAGAAAUUAAAUUUAUGUCAGAAGAAAAUCCCACCUUGUUUUUUUAAUCUUUUUUACAUCUUCUUUAAAGCAGAUUAAAAAGGGAAAUUGGAACACCCAGGCAUACCUGGGUAUGCAAGCUUCUUCUAAAGUCUUGGAAUGACACCUGAACCCACGCUUUGGGCUGGCACCUUUAUUUGCACCUCACCCCAGCUAUGGAAGUGGAAGCAGCUUCUGACAGUGCAUGGAGACAGAGAAGUGCAUCCAGGCCAGCAGAAGAUCUGAGCUUCCCACAGUGCCUGAAGGAAGCCUGUGAGGACCCUGUAUGCUCAUGGAGCUGACUAGGAACUGGGUAUUUUUGUGAAGCAUAGUGUAAGCAGUCAAACUGAGACAUAAUUCCCUCUAGAUAUAUCUAGCCAUCGGUGAGAAGAAAGGCAAGAGUCUGUUUCCCCUGUUGCUAUAAGGAGACAGGAAAAGUAAGGAAGGAGUUAACUUAUAUCUCUUCUUUGACUGCUUCCAAAUUUAUCACUUUUGUCUUCCCUACCUAAGGAAAAAAAAAAACAGCAAAAAUAAAGUGAAGGAAGAAGAGAUAAUUUUUGUUUAAAUUUAAAUAUUUUAUUGUUUCUAUACAGGUACAUACAGGGUAUGUUUUUAGUUUUCUUUUCUCAUUCUGAUAAAGCAGCAUUUUUAUUGAGAGCUACAAUAGUAUCUUAUGGUUGUUGUUAAUCAAAAAACUGCACCCCAGUGCAAGUAAUAAUUCACCUUUUUAGUACAGCAGAAUAUUUAUAAGAACUAAGACUGGUUUAUUGCUGUAUUUGAUUGUUGUCUCCCAUACUUAGUCUCCAACUUCUGUUCUAAGUGACUUGCAGGAAACAUUUUGAAUGCUCAAGACUGGUCUGUGCCAUCGCUGCAGUUGGAAUGUCUUGGCACUGUUAGUAAAGACCUCUCCUGUCACAGCUGUUCUGGGACUGUCACCCCUCCCUGUUCUGCUGCACUACCACUUCUCUUUUUUGGAUCUUUUUGUUAGGCAUUUUUAAAUAUAUGUAUGUUCAGAAUAAUGUAAUAAACGAAUGGUGCAUGCCGAUGUCAAGGUUAGUAACAAACUUCAGUGGACUAAACUGACCCAUCUAUCAUAAUCCAGUGGGUGGGGAAGUUCGUGGGAGAAGAGAUAUAAGUAGCAGAACAAUCUUCUGUGUAUGUCUCUAAUUUUUUUUUCUGGAGACAUUUUGGAUGUUGAAGUGGAUCACUCAGCAAGGUUAACCAGCCACACUCUUCCUCCAGGCUUAUGUGAUAAGUAGCUACUGUAAGCCUGUACUUAGUUCAGAAGAUAGGAGUUGUCCUGUAUUAAACAUUAACUUGCUGUUACUCAUUGUUGGCUUUUUGUUUGCUCAGAGAGCAAUAUAAAUUCUGUUGUUUAAUAGUCAGCAGUUGCUAAUGCAGCUACCUUGCUUGCUCAGUGAAUUUUAAGUCUUCUGAAAUAGCCUUUUGACUGACUGAAUUAUCAGGGUUGUGAAUUAACCUUGCUCUGCCCUUGUCACUUCACCACUGCCUACCACAGUGUGUUUUUCUUAAUCCUCGUCUCUGCUCUGCACACUGUGAUAACGAUCUGAACCUUUUCUCUUCAUAAACAUCCUGUCUUGUUAUGCACUGGUUCAUCACACACCAUCACCUUCAGGAUUUUUCAGAGCUUCAUCAAGAAGCUGAAGUUGGUCAGAGCCUGACUUGGACAGAAGACACAGUCUUUCUUCCCUUCCUGGAAGCGUGACCUGAGCUGCAAGGAAAGAUUCAGCUAAUAAA